GCAACAUUUACAAUCGAUUAGAGUUUUAUAAACUUCUUGAAUUAACUUAUAUUUCUCAAUAAACUGGGUGUCGCAUCCUUGACGUAGUCUGUGGUUUUAAAACCCAUGCAAUAUUAUCACAACGCACAUAAUAUAAGGAGAAUAAUUUUUUAUUAAGUUAGUCAAACGUAACGAUACACCGCAAGUUUAAAUAUGGCGAGUAGGCAAAAUUCUGCAAAAAAUCGUCGAGGAGGACAAUAUUGUGUUGCUGGUUGGCCCAACGGAAAAAGUUGUACAAACAGUCAACACACAGAGGGUGUCUCAGUACAUCGUUUCCCCAUGAAUGACAAGGAGAGGCUGGGUAAAUGGACAAAAUUUGUUAGGAGACAUAGGCCAAAAUUCGUUCCUCAGCAGUACUCUGUGCUAUGUUCAAUGCAUUUCGCAGAUUCUGCAUUCACCGUUAACGCAACAGUUGCAAAAUCGCUAAACAUGAGACGACAAUUGCGCUCUGACGCUGUUCCAACCAUAGACUCUGUAAAAGGCAUUUCAAUCCAAGGUGAUAAGAGCAAUCGCGACCACAGAGUUGUGUUGCGUGAAGUAACACGAAGUGUAAAAGAUGUUGAACCCGCUUUUAAACAUACUGAUGAUGAAGGGAAUUCUGACGAGUGUAACACGACAGAAAGCGUUGAUAGUGAACCAGUUAGAGAAAAAGUCCCAGAAGCCUUAAACAAAACGUUCUCGGAUCGAAUUUCCAAAACUGAGGCAAUCCAACGGCAAUUGGAUAGGAAACAACUAUCUUCAACACCAUUGUUUCCCACAUAUCAACAGCAAGAUGUACUGCAAGCAAAAGGUUUAGACAAAGAAAAACAAGCUGCUUCAACAGGUCCUUCAGAUCCAAAAAAAAAAACGCGCUUAUGCAAAAAUUGUGGACAGCCAAUGAAAGGACAUCCAAAAAGUCAUUGUCCACAAGAAUUACUUGACAAAUAUUCUUAGCAGGCCAACUUUAAAGUUAGUUAUAAAAUAAUAUACGAUACUACAAAAAAUGUUUCCUACUUCUAUCAGUUUCUUUCCUGUGCUGACUUGUAGCCAGCAUGUUCUUGGCCUAGGGGAUUUCGUAAUGGAAAUUGUUUUCGGAUGUCUGUGUAGAUACAUGCAGGUAAUGGUCUAGAAUUUUCCCAACCAAGGCAUCCACACAGCCAUCGAAUGACCCAACGGUAUGCAACUGCUCUCAAGUAUCUAUGAGAAAUUCAAAAUAGUAAUUUCUAUUUGAUUAUUUAUUUUGACUUCACAUAACAAAAUUGUGAAGCAUCACAGCACAAUAAUGAACCACAUAAAGGUAAAAAGUAGAGAUACAUGGCAAGAUAUUAAUCAUUCGUUACAAAACAAAAUUAGAAAUCAAAAAUGUACUAA